UCCCUUUAACCUCUGGUGCGAAGUAACUCUAGUUACUACAUUAUUUAAUUCCGCACCAAAAAACCAUAUAAGCCUGCUUUAUUAUUUUAAAUACUGCUCCUCUUCCCGUCCGAGAGGGAACGUCCGCCGGGGCCGCGGCUCUUGCCGCUGUCCCGGUGACGCCGGCCCGUCCCCACGGCAACGCCGCCGGCCAUGGCGGGGCGCGGCCACGUCCGCCCGGGCCGAGCGGCAUUUACCAUUUGAGAGCUCAGUUUUGCCAUUCUCUGGUGGUGUCUCUUUGCCAAGGUGGACUCCUGUGAUAAGUGUCCAAGACCAUGGGAGCGGCAUUGGAGAGGGCGGCUCAGUGGACUGCUGCUGGCUCUGGAACCGGCACGCUCGAAAUCACCCCUUUGAACGAAUCUCUUUUAAAUCAGAUUAUUAAGUUUGCAGAGGAAUUCAGCACUAAACAUCCCGAGGAAGCAGCGUUUGUCUUCAGAGAGCCCCUUGAGUGGAAAACUCAGUUGGACUCUUCAGUAUUUGGAAAGGGUUAUGUGAUCAAUGAAGCAGCUGUUCAGUCUGAAGCCACAAGCAGAGAUGGCCAGCCAUUGCUUCUUCUCUCGGCAUCAACUCUCAGAGUUCGCAGUUUUGACCAGCUGUCCCGUUUGCUACAAAUUGCUAUGGAAAAAAAGUUAAAGGAAACACAAGCAUGCCUCGAAGCUAACAGAGAUCCUAUAGUGAAAAUUCUUGGCCCUGAAUAUGCGACUGUUGAAGGAGAAGAUACGUCCAUCUUGCAUUUAUUUGACAAAGUGAAAAGAGGUUAUGACCCUGAAACAGAGACGAAAAUGAAAAUCAUUCUUCUUCUUCAUCAGCUGGAUUUGCAACUGCUUAAUAGUUCUUUGAAACAGAUUUCACAAGGUGUUAGACUUAAUCCAGCUGCUGUAAACAGUGAAGUGAGUCUUCUCAAGAAUUUCUCUGGGAAAGGAGAAGACACAGUACUGGAAUCACUGGAAUAUACAUCAGAUUACGUGUUUGCUAAUGGAUGCCGAGCUCCUCCCUGGAGACAAGUGCAUGGAGACAUUUGUUAUUUAGUCAUCAAACCACAUGACACUGAUCCUUUGUAUAUCACUUGCAACACAGCAGGAGUGUUUUUAAAUGGGGGUCUGCUAAAGGGUAAAGAGCUUGACUAUGAAAGAAAAAGUGAUGUGUAUAAAGAUAUAGUCACAUUUUUAAGAGAGAGAUCACCUAGAUUUGUAGAAAAUAUGGCUAAACAGGAAUAUAGUUUUUUUAAAGAACCAGCAUAUGAGAAGAAUUAUCAGUACGUGGAAGGUGCUGAUGCUGAGGUUUCUGGCCAGUCCCAGAACCGUUAUGAUUCUACAGAAAAGAAAGUGAAAAGUUCUGCAGCAGGGAGAAGAUCCACUGGCAAGAAGUUACAACCAACUAUGCAGUGGAAAAAUACUGGGCUUUCUGCUUCCCAAAGACCCGAAUCUAGUGACAAGGCUUCAAAAAAAGAUACUGAAGAAGAAGGGAGAAGUAGUACUGUAUCUUCAAAAAUGAAAAAGAAAUCCAGUGCCAGUCCUAAAUCUCUUAAAAUUAAUCGAGCCCCAGGAAGUAAAACAUCAAGCAGUUUAGAAGAUGUUAGUGACAGUUCCUCAGAUGCUGAGGAGGAUGAACAACCUAUACGUCGUCAGGAAGGAACCACUGAUUUAUCACCUGAAUACUGGGGAAUUCAGAAACUUUCAAAAUAUGUAAAGGCAGGUGAUCCAACAGCUACUGUAAUUGCGCUGUGUUCAAUGAGAGAUUUCAAUAUGGCUCAAGAAUCGUGUCAGCUGGCUUUCAAAGACACUGGAUGUCUUGAAGUGUUAAUUAAUUUACUUGAUACAGAAGAAACUAACUGUCAGACUGGUUCAUUAAAAAUCUUGAAGGAAAUUAGUCAAAAUAUACUGAUCAGACAUGCAAUUGCAGAUCUUGGGGGCUUAGAGAUCAUGGUGAAAAUACUGGACUCUCCAGAUAAAGAUCUAAAAUGUUUGGCAGCUGAAACAAUUGCUCAUGUUGCUAGAUUUAAACGAGCACGAAAGACAGUAAGGCAAUAUGGAGGAAUCAGGAAAUUGGUUGGGCUGUUGGAGUGUGUUUCAGUGGGAACAUCAUACCAAGCCAAAGAUACUGAAAUAGCACGCUGUGGCGCUUUGGCACUCUGGAGCUGCAGCAAAAGCACCAAAAAUAAGAAAGCAAUCCGUAAAGCUGGUGGCAUUCCAUUGUUAGCUACAUGGCUCAAAUGCUCAGAUGCAAACAUCUUAAUCCCAGUAGUGGGAACACUACAAGAAUGUGCCUCAGAGCCAAGUUACAGGCUUGCAAUAAAGACAGAGGGAAUGAUUGAGAACCUGGUGAAAAAUUUGAGUAGUGAACAUGAGGAGCUUCAGAUGCAUUGUGCAAGUGCCAUAUUUAAGUGUGCAGAAGAUAAACAAAUACGUGACCUGGUUAGACAACAUGGAGGUCUACAACCACUCUCUGUUCUGCUUGAUAACUCUGAAAACAAGAAACUUCUGGCAGCUGUGACAGGAGCAAUCUGGAAAUGUGCUAUCAGUAUAGAAAACGUGUCAAAAUUUCGGGAAUAUCAAACCAUAGAAACUCUGGUAGGACUGCUUACUGAUCAGCCUGAAGAAGUCCUUAUAAAUGUCGUUGGAGCACUGGGAGAAUGUUGCCAAGAGCAAAUAAAUCGAGGUACUAUCCGCAGAUGUGGUGGAAUACCACCUUUAGUGAAGUUACUAACUGCAACGGAUCAGGCACUACUUGUGAAUGUCAACAAAGCAGUAGGAGCAUGUGCAACAGAAACUGAAAAUAUGAUGAUAAUUGACAGUCUAGAUGGAGUUCGCUUGUUAUGGUCACUGUUGAAAAAUCCUAACCCAGAUGUUCAAGCAAGUGCAGCUUGGGCUCUUUGUCCUUGCGUUGAAAAUGCUAAGGAUUCUGGGGAGAUGGUUCGAUCCUUUGUUGGUGGUUUGGAACUGAUAGUCAGUCUUCUAAAAUCAAAGAAUAAAGAAGUUUUAACUAGUGUAUGUGCAGCCAUUGCAAAUAUAGCUAAAGAUGAAGAAAAUUUAGCUGUUAUGACAGAUCAUGGAGUCGUCCCUCUGUUAUCCAAACUAGCAAACACAAAUGAUAACAAAUUAAAACGUCACUUAGCAGAGGCUGUUUGCAACUGUUGCAUGUGGGGCAGCAACAGAGCUGCCUUCGGAGAGUACAAGGCUGUGGGUCCUUUAGUGCGUUACAUGAAGGCAAACGAUCCGUCAGUUCAGAGAGCUGCAGCUCUGGCUUUAUAUCAACUUUCAGAGGAGGCUAGCAACUGUAUCAUAAUGCAUGAAGGUGGAGUGGUGAAGCUCCUACUGGUUAUGGUAGGCUCUACAGAUGACCCUUUGCAGGAGGCAGCAGCUGGUUGCAUAGCAAACAUACGCAGAUUGGCUCUAGCAACAGAAAAAGCAAAGUAUGGCUGAUGCUUUAGCAGCUUUUACCAACACACUUGUUUAGCAAUACAGCUACAUUUAAAUACAUGAUUAUUCCUUCCAGCAUCUGUAUUUCAUAGCAGAGCUCAUUUAUAUGAGGAUACUUUAAUAAAAACAAAUCUGUGGAAACUUA